AUGUCGGGCGCGGCGCUUCUUGGAGGCCACGGCAAGAAGCACAAGGUGACUGUUGUUGGAUCAGGCAAUUGGGGCUCGACCAUUUCCAAAAUCGUCGCCGAAAAUGCCAAACUCUGCAAGGACCUCUUUGAGCCCGAAGUUCAGAUGUGGGUGUUUGAGGAGGACGUUGUGAUCCCAUCCGACUCCAAGCACGCUGCCGCUGCCGGGUCAGAACCCCAGAAGCUCACCGCCCUCAUCAAUCAAUACCACGAAAACGUCAAGUACCUCCCGGGCAUCACCCUCCCCGACAACCUCAUCGCCAACCCCUCCCUCCUCGACGCCGUCAAGAAUUCGACCAUUCUCAUCUUCAAUCUCCCCCAUCAGUUCAUCCACAAUGUCUGUGACCAGCUCAAGGGCCAAAUUCUGCCCUUUGCUCGUGGCAUCAGCUGCAUCAAGGGCGUCAACGUCUCUGCCGACGGCGUCAGCCUCUUCAGCGAGUGGAUCGGCGAGGACCUUGAUAUUUAUGUAGGCGCACUGAGUGGCGCCAACAUUGCCAACGAGAUUGCCGCCGAGAAGUGGUCCGAGACAACCAUUGCCUACGAUCCCCCGACCAUGGAUAACUCGCGUGCCCCGACUCCCCGCUCGGCCAGCCCUGCCAUCGGCACCGUCGACCUCUCGCAGGUGCCUCACAAGGACGCCCGCGGCCGCACAUCCAAGUCCAAACUUACUCCCAUCCCCGCCGAGUACCCGCCCCUUGAUCACGAAUCGUUGCGCAAGCUCUUCCACCGCCCCUACUUUCACGUCCAAAUGGUCUCUGACGUGGCUGGUGUGUCUCUUGGCGGUGCGCUCAAGAAUGUCGUCGCUCUUGCUGCCGGUUUCGUCGAGGGUCGCGGCUGGGGCGACAACGCCAAGGCUGCCGUCAUGCGCAUUGGCCUCAUGGAGAUGGUGCGCUUCGGCAAGGAGUUUUUUGGCGAGACGGUCCAGACGGGCACGUUUACCGAGACUUCUGCAGGCGUCGCUGAUCUCAUCACCUCGUCCUCUGGCGGCCGCAACUUUCGCUGCGCCAAAAAGGCCAUUGAAAAGGGUCUGUCCGUCAGCGAAGUUGAGAAGCAGGAGCUCAAUGGUCAAAAGCUCCAGGGUACAUUGACUGCUUUUGAGGUGCACAGCUUCCUGUCUACCCGUGACAAACUGCGCGACUACCCGCUCUUUACCGCCGUCAAUGACAUUCUGGUCGGCAAGGCGCAGGUUGACGACAUUCCGUCUCUCGUUUCCAAGAUUGAUCACGACGAGCCACGUUUAUAG